GCCAACCAAGCCACGUCACUGUCCACCAACCAAGCCCCUCACCAGCGCGGAACCUGCUCUUCUCCCCUUCCUAUACGGCCGGAGCCGAGGAGAUUAGCAGCAGCCAGACUCGCACGCCGCUCCGCCUCCAGUCCUCCCUUCUCCCGCCCCAGCGCGCCGCCGCCGGCUGUGUUCGCCUUCCUCCUCGCAGCGAGGCCAUUAUUCGAACAUGGGUGACUCAAGUGUGAGCAAUGGCCUUGGCGCUGUCACACGGGUGCUGUUUUGUGGCCCAUAUUGGCCUGCUGCUACUAAUUACACCAGAGAGUAUCUCCACGACUAUCCCUUCAUUCAGGUCGAUGAAGUAGGUCUUGAUCAAGUACCUGAUGUUAUUCAAAACUAUAAUUUAUGUGUAGUAAAAAAUCAGCGUAUAGAUUCAGAUAUCAUUGCCAAGGCAACUCAGAUGAAGAUUAUAAUGCAGUAUGGUGUUGGGUUAGAAGGUGUUGAUGUAAAUGCUGCUACUGAACACAACAUCAAAGUUGCACGGAUACCUGGAAGUACAACAGGAAACGCAGUCUCUUGUGCAGAAAUGGCAAUCUAUCUUACUCUGGGUCUUCUGCGCAAGCAAAAGGAGAUGGACACUGCUGUGAAUCGGAGAGACCUUGGCAUUCCAGUUGGAGAAACAUUAUUUGGCAAAACAGUCCUUGUCCUAGGAUUUGGAGCCAUUGGCGUUGAAGUUGCCAAGAGGCUAAGACCCUUUGGAGUAAAGGUUCUUGCUACCAAAAGAAAUUGGUCAUCAGAUACAUUGCCAUUUGAUGUUGAUGAGAUGGUUGACAAGAAAGGUGGUCCAGAGGAUAUGUAUGAUUUUGCUGGAGAAGCUAACAUUGUUAUAACAUGCAUGGCCUUGAACAACGAAACAGCUGGAAUUGUGGAUCACAAGUUCCUUUCAUCAAUGAAAAAGGGAUCAUAUCUGAUCAACAUUGCGCGAGGACGCCUACUGGACUACAAUGCUGUGUUUGAUCACCUCAAAUCAGGUCAUUUAGCUGGUUUGGGCAUUGAUGUGGCUUGGAUGGAGCCAUUUGAUCCAGAGGAUCCUAUUCUGAAAUUCCCAAAUGUUAUUAUAACACCACACGUGGCUGGAGUCACCGAAUAUUCUUACAGAACGAUGGCAAAGUCUGUUGGUGACAGCCCUCCAGCUUCAUGCAGGGGAGCCAUUCACGGGAAUAGAAUUUGUCAACUGAAUAAUAGCUAUUGACUCCAGAUGAGAACUGCUGCUUCUAUUGGCAAUAAUGAGUGUGCAACUUGUAGGAACAUGCAACUAGAUGCUAUUUCCCCAUAAGAUUUUAUCACAGUAGAUAUACUCCUUGCCAUGAGGUACAGAAAGUCUGCUACCUGGUUAUGAUAUCCGGACAAAUAAUAAACAUAUCUUUGACAGAACUGAAUUAUAGGUAAUGAUACUUUGUUCUUGAUUU